CGUGUUCCAAAAGCAUCCUCCGGGCCGAGCGCGCGGCAGGAGCCUCUGAGAUGCAAGACUUCCCGGGAUGCGCCCUCGCGCUGGGCCUCGCGCUCGCCCUCCCUUUGCUGGGCCUCCUGGCCGCGCCUUAUAUCAGGAAGUAUUUUGCAGGAGGCAAAUGUACGUCUACAGCGAAGCUGAAUGGGAAGGUUGUAGUGAUCACAGGAGCCAACACAGGCAUCGGGAAGGAGACUGCCAAAGACCUUGCAGGAAGAGGUGCUAGAGUCAUUCUUGCUUGCAGGGAUAUGGAAAAAGCAGAGGCUGCAGCCAAUGAAAUCCGGACCAAGACAGGGAACCAGCAAGUUAUUGCAAAGAAAUUAGAUUUAGCAGAUACCAAAUCCAUCCGAGAAUUUGCUGAGAAUUUCCAGGAAGAAGAGAAAGAACUUCACAUCCUCAUUAACAAUGCUGGAGUUAUGAUGUGCCCCUAUUCCAAGACAGUGGAUGGCUUUGAAAUGCAGUUUGGAGUCAAUCACCUUGGGCCCUUUCUUUUAACAUUUCUACUGAUUGAGUGCCUGAAGCAAUCUGCACCAUCCCGAAUAGUCAACGUGUCCUCCUUGGGUCAUCGUAGAGGGAGUAUUCACUUUGAGAACCUCCAAGGCGAGAAGAGCUAUAACGGGAAUAAGGCCUAUUGCAACAGCAAGCUGGCGAGUAUCCUUUUUACCCGGGAGCUGGCCAGACGACUGCAAGGUACCAGAGUUACAGCCAAUGCUUUGCAUCCAGGCGCUGUUAUCACUGAAUUGGUCCGUCAUUCCGCUAUAAUGAUUUUUUUGGGAAAGCUGCUGACCUUCUUUUUGAAGACAGCUCAGGAAGGAGCCCAGACCAGUGUCUACUGUGCGGUGGCAGAGGAGCUGGAGUCAGUGAGUGGGAAAUAUUUCAGUGACUGUAAACCAGCCUACAUAUCGCCUGAAGGACGUGAUGAUGAAACAGCAAAGAAGCUUUGGGAUGUCAGCUGUAAACUCUUAGGCAUCCAGUGGGACUAAAUCGUGGAUGGCUCUUAUCUUUGGCAGAGCUGAAGCCCAAAUAUCUCAUGCUCACUCAAGACAUAGAAAAAUGGAAGCGUUUAAGGAUUUAGACAUGUAGGGUUGUUUCUGUCUGAGUUUGUGUACAAGAUGCUUGUUUCUAACUGAAGAAUAGUGUCUAAAGAAUAGUGUCUAAAGCACAAAGACUUGGAAAACUUCUGUUGGUAUGAUUUUCAAACCCAACACAUCUAUAGGUAGGGAAUAUUUUCCCUGAUUUUUGGUUAGGUCUGAUCAAAGAAGAGUUUUGUCUCUAAUGGGCUAGUGAUCAAAGCAUACAUUUUUUUUCUUGAGGAGCAGGCAAGAUUUACAGAAAGUUAGGAACCAGGGUGGAGCUGUCUUCAGGGGUCAGAGGUUUCCUGCAUGUGUUGUUGGCAUUCUUUAACCCAUAAAGAGCAGGGUUCUUCAAUAAAGGAGUAAUGCUUA